AUGACUGUCCAGAACCACAGUUUGGCCUCUUCCCGCCGGAAGUCGCGCAAGGCGCACUUCAACGCUGGCUCCGGCGAGCGCCGUGUCAUCAUGAGCGCCCCUCUGAGCAAGGAACUCCGUGAGAAGUACAAUGUCCGCUCUCUCCCCAUCCGCAAGGACGACGAGGUCACCAUUGUCCGUGGAGGCCAGAAGGGCCGUGAGGGCAAGAUCACCAGCGUUUACCGUCUUAAGUGGGUUGUCCACGUCGAGCGUGUCGUCCGCGAGAAGUCCAACGGCCAGAGCGUUCCCCUCGGUAUCCACCCCUCCAAGGUCGUCAUCUCCAAGCUCCACCUCGACAAGGACCGUGAGCAGAUCCUGGAGCGCAUCGGAAAGGGCCGUGAGGCUGCCAAGGCCAAGUCUGCUUAG